GGGACCCCAGACAGAAGCUGAGGUCACGAGGCUGCAAUGCGCAUCUCUCCAGACUUUGUUGUCCUUCUCGUGACAAUUGUCACAUCUCAUCUCUCAGAUGCCCUGAUGGAGAGAGAAAAGAAUGAGUUGCUUCAAGGCCACAACAGUUACAGAGGAGAGGAUCGACUUCCCUCAAUAGGUUGGGAUGCUGAGCUGGAGGAGUGGGCCAAGUGGGUGAUCAGCUGCAACGCCAACUACCCGGGUCCCCAGCACAGCUUCACCAACUUCUAUCGGUUUGGCUCGGAAAUGUCAGUCAAAGAUGUCGUCAGUGCCUGGAGGCAGGAGGGUCGUCAGCCCUUUCUUGAGAGAGGCUGCAGGACACCUUUGGACAGAACUCGCUGCAACCGUAACACAAAUAUGAUGCAGCCACGACUGACCUCAAUGGCGUGUGCAGCGUUACAGUGCAGCAGCAUGCGGCAGCUUGUGUGCAUCUACGACAACAUUGGAGACCGAGUGUAACAUGGUUGUGAAUCACAAGCUCAUCUCCGAUGGCUUUUAACUUCCCGACAAGCAAAUGGCAUUUUUACAUUAAAUUCUAAGCGUAUAAACAUAUCUUGCUAGUCUGGUUCUCACAUUACUAUUCACUCUACACUAUUUGGUCAUUUGACAUGUACUCCCGCACUUUCACCUUAUUUUUAUGCCUAGAAAGUACAACCGCUGUGGCAUUAUUUGUGGCUUGUCAUGAACGCUACACAUGUCCAUACGUAUGUAAUGUUGAGAUAGAUUAUUAUCGGUAUAUUAUUGUUAGUGAAAUUAUGCAGCAUUUUUGUUGCUAGUCAAAGGCGAUACGUGUAUGUGUACGAAUGUAAUACUGUGUCAGAUAACUAGGGAGGGGAUGUAUAGAUGCUGUGCUGGGCAUCCCUCUCCAGUUGGGACCAUGUCUUGCCAGCAGCCUCCGCCUCUCUGUGGACCCAUCUCCUCCACGUCUGCCUGAGUCUCCCAAUCCUGCGCCUCCACUGUGGGUUCCAGCCCACAGCUUGUCUCGUUAAAUAUUGUUAAAUAUCUCGUUAAAUAUCCGUAUAUUGUAAUCUGUAAUACUCAGAUUAAGUUUUCUGCUGUUGUUAAUAAUAAUUUGAUUUUGU